AUGCUCUCUGGCAAAACCACUCGCGCAGACCAAAUCGAGCAACUGCUGGAAUCUAAGAUUGCCCAAGCAUCCGACCCUCCAUCCGCAAACACUGUGAUCCUGAUCAAUGACGCGCUGCUGGGACUGUCUCGGGCUGCGUACGAUGGCGACGCCAAUCUCGACCAAUUUCCUCCAUAUCCUGGAGACUACGACCACUGCAGUCCUCACCAGCCUACUAUCAACUUCCCCAUGGGAAAGACCAUCAAUGUCGGCGUCUUGCAGCGUCUCAACUUGCAACCCUCAGUUUCAUGUUGA